GUGUGCAGCAGAGCCGAGAGAGAGAGCUCCACCGUCGUUGCCAUUAUUUAUAUAUAAUAAAGCGCGCGCGCGCCCGUGGUGGAUGCUGGCUGAUUUUUGCUGAAAUAUAACUUGGCCAUUAUAUAUAUCGAAAAAAACACAAGAGGCGAGGCUUUUCCGCGGCUACCACAUUACUCGACGCUCUCUUCUUUCGACACUCUCUCUCUCUCUCACUUUCAUUUGUACUACUAUUUUCAUUUUCAUUUUCAUUUUCUCUCUCUCUCGCUCUCUGCACAUCGACUCGCGAAAAACGAACGACCUGCGAUACAAUAUAUAUACGUGUGUGUCACUUUUUUGUUGCUUUUUUUUCGGUCGCGCACGUAUUGUUUUUACACGUAGCACUAUAUAUAUAUUAAUAAAAUAAUUAUAUAUAUAUAAAAAAACGAGCUUUCGAAGCAGCGACAUCGAACACGACUUAUUUAAGACAAUUCACAAUGGCAACCACGGCUAACCGACCACGAACGAUCAAGAAGCUGGAGAAGCCUCGACCUCUGAAAAUCAGCCAGCGAAGCCCAACGACCGAAACGAGAAUCUCUGUUGAUGAUAUUGUUGCGCUGAUCGACAACGUCGCGUCUCAACUUCGCAGCGGAUUCUACGACCAAUCGUUACAAUCGAACAUUGUAACAAUGGGUAAUCAUUUGAAGCUCUAUUCUCAUGAUCUAGAAAUGAUUUACAAAGAUCAGCUUGAUAGAGCUUUUGUAGCUAUAAGAAACGGUAGUCAAGAUGACAGAUUAGAUAUAUCAACAAGAGUGCAUUUGUUGGAGUUGAUCGAACUCAGGGCCAAACAAUGGCAACGCAAUGAAUCUAUGAAUGCCUACUAUUCUCAAAAGUUAUCGAACUUGGACAAUCAAAACGAAAUGAUGACUUAUGAAAAUCAUCCCUUAACACCAUCCAUGACGCCCAUGACUUCUACUUCACCACCAUUGCUUGGACCGGGUGACGUUAUGAAGAAUAGUGGGAAAUUUGCAAAACCGACUCGCAUCCAAGGAAAACAUUUUUGCAAAGAUGAAGUAGUCAUCAGAAAUAGUGAUUCUGGAAAAGUGAUGGGAAUAAAAGGGCGUCGAGUUCAUAUGAUUGAGGAACUUAGUGAAACUAUCAUCUCCUUCCAGAGAGUUAAUCCUGGGGCAAAGGAGCGCCUUGUUCAAAUAACUGGUCUUUCAGAAGACAAAAUACACUACGCCAAAGAUUUAAUCAAAGAAACUAUUCAACGGAAUGCAUCACCUGUGCGAAUGGAUCAAGCAAGUCAAGAAAAGAGUGCAAUUGGAGGAUCAAGUUCAUCUCUUAACAGUAGUGCUUCGGAUGAAAGUAAUAGAUUUCAGCAAAAACGCUCUCUAUUACAUAGCUUAUCAACCAAUGAUGCCAGUAUUGGUGAAUAUAAAUAUACUGUUACUGUUGGGCCCCAUUCUUUGAAGAUUACUGGAACAAACUUGGAUCUUGUACGAGCUGCUAAAUUGGUACUGGAUGAAUACUUUUCUGAAGAAUCAGAACACAUUGGAAGUGGAAAUGAUUACUUUUCUUUUGAAGAAGAAUUACCCUACACUCCAAUCACUCCAAGUACUACUCAUAGCCCAAUGUCUGCAGGUCAGACCAAUAUGUCAAGAAAGAAGAUAAAUUUUGAGAAUACAUCGUUAGAAACUGAAAAAACCAAAAUGAAAGAAGCUUUCAACUCUGAAAUUGAAACUAAAAAAAAAGAUUUAACAAGAGAACUGUCUUAUGAAUUUUUGAUGCAAUGUGCUAAAGGUCCGUUUGCUAGGCAUCCUCCAGCUGAUUGGGAACGAAUUCAAAGAGAAUGUCCUGCAAUUUGUCGCAAGGUACAGGGUAUAAAAAAUAAUAUUAACAUUGAUACUUAUAAAAAUGAAACUAAGUUUGGAAUUAAAAAUGUAACGAACAAUGAAGGAUCAAAUACGCAAAAUGUUGAUAGUAGUGAAACUGAUAAAAAGUAUUGUAACUUUGAAAAUUUUAUUAAGCAACAAAAAUUGUGGUCAAAAGAAAGAAGAGAUAAUAUUUUUGAUAAACCUGUACCUACAUACAAUAACCAUUUCAAAUUUUUUGAUACACAAAGGACAGAAAAUGUUUUUGAGAAAACCGUGCCUAGACAUGAAAACAAUUUUAAAUCAUUUGAUACACAUAGAGAUAUUCCAUGUUCACCAACAUACGUGUAUAAAAAUGAUUACCCCGUAACCGAUUUUGGGUAUGGAUACUUUCAAAAUUUCCACAAAAUUAAUUCUUACAAUUCUUAUGUUAGACCAACUAUAGAUGUUGCUAAAUUUAAUAGAUUAAUUCGAAAUUAGAAUGUUACUUCCUAGCACUAUGUAUAUUUGAAUAUUUUUUUAAAAGAAAAUUAGUUACUUCUUAUAAGAAGAUCAAUUACCGAGAUUUGUUACUGAGAGUAACAUGUAAUGUAAAAAAAGGUUACUUGGUUGAUUUAUCAAAUUUUUUUGUGUUUGAGUUAAAAAAAUUUAAAUUAUACUAAAAGUUUGUAUAAUUAAAAAGAAUCGUACUUGCGUUCACUACUAUGAACAUAAUUCUAAUAAUUUUGAGUUUGAAAACGUAUGCUUUGUUUACUAAUGCUUGCACGCUUAUAAUAAACGCUUAUAACAUGAUCCAUACUCGAGUUAUUAGUCAAUACAAUAAAAGAGAAUAUUCUAAAUAAAAAAGUAAGCUUUACUUUAGAUUUUAACUUAAACUUGAAGUAAGUGUACAUAAUUGUCUUUUUUUUGUAUUAUUUUUUCAUUUAAUAAAUAUAAAAUAUUUUAUUACA